UGCGCGCAUGUUGUAACGCUCAUUCACAGAUAGUCAAUCCACGGGGACAUAGCGGGUAUCGUGCAGGAACAUGCGGAUUCUAUAUGUACUCAAUGUUGCUUUUUUAAUUUUGGAACAUACCUUUUUCUUGGAAUGUGCGGUGCUCAGAACGGCGGGUGAUGCAUCUAGUCGACAGAAGCGGUCUGCGUUGGAUGGGACAUGCAGCAGUCCGCUAGGGAUCUCACGGGACUCCAUUAAUGUCCAGGUGGGCUUCACCAUCAGCGAGGAGAAUGACCAUCCCGCACAUGGACUUCUAUUCCGGUCCCCUAACGCGGACGAUAACUCAUAUAUCCAGGUUUCCAUUGGUCAGGUGGAGUUCCAGGACCCGAUGCUCAUUACCGGGAUGGUGACCCAAGACAGCCCGAGCGCCCUCUCGCGUGUCACCCACUUCCAGAUCGCCCAUAGCACCGACUGCAUCCAAUUCCGGUCUGUCGAGGACAGGAACGGACAGCCAAAGGAGUUUGCGGGUACGGUAUUCGCUAACACGACGGCGACGGUGAUGUUUGAGAGUGUGUUCGAGGCGCGGUGUGUGCGGGUCGUCCCCACCAGAAGGGUUGGUCACGAUACCGCCAUCAGGUUCGAGCUCCUCGGAUGCGCCCCGAUGCAGUGCCAAUCUACCAUUAUGCCCCGGUCAGAUGAGCGGCCAGGCUCUUACCUCCGAAAGUUCUUGUUUGACAAAGAAAAGGUCAUUACGUCCCUGACCAUAUCGCUGCGCGGCCCAGCGACUGAAGGCAAUGUCGCCUUCAUGCUUGCAUACAGCCGCACAUGCGACUUUGACGGAGGAAAUAUUGUCAUGGAGGACAACAUACCAAAGGUGUUCAUUAUACCAGAGGGCGAGCAGGAUGUCAGAGUUACCGGGACAUCACUCCCCUUACGCACCCAGUGUCUGGGCGUCCUCACCCCCGACCCGGCUCUGCUGACGUCAGAUGAGCACAUGCUACACCAGUCACCCCGUAUGCGCUCCGUCUUAGCGGAUGAUUAUGACGUCUCGUUUGAAGGAUGCGAUGCUCUCGAUCCUCACGAACCAUUGGACUCCUGCGGCAAGACGUACGUCUCGGAACACGACGUCCAUCGGCGCCGGAAACGCGUUGUGGGAGGGUCACCGAUUCUGCCAGGGGAGUGGCCGUGGCUUGUGUCGCUACACUUUCUACCUGGCCACGCUUUCACUGACAGGUCCGGUUUGGAUCACUUGUGCGGUGGCUCCCUUAUUAACCAACACUGGGUUCUCACCGCCGCGCACUGCUUCAGUGAGAUGAUGGGUGACGGACUGUCGGUGGCGGGCAACUGGCGCGUGGUGCUCGGGGAGCACGUGCAGAACCUGACUGAGGGCACAGAGCAGCGCCUCGAGAUUGACACCAUCGUCGUACACCCUCAGUUCGUAUUGGCGAUGGAAAGUGAGAUUCUGUUUGACAUCGCGUUGGUGAGGUUGUCGAGGCCAGCCCAGCUGUCGGAUUAUGUGAACACCGUCUGUCUCGAACCCAACUACACAUUCCCCGAUCUCAGCGACUGCGUCACUGCCGGAUGGGGUUUCAUAGAAGACGAUGGAGUGGGCGUGGACAUUCCGCACCACGCGGGUCUCCAGAUCCUGCCGUCCGAGGUUUGCGCAGCCCGCUACAACAUGCUUCCAGCGAACCAUAGUGCGCGGGCCCUGGUCGCCAUUGUGGACUCCGUGCUAUGCGCCACCGCAAGUGAGGGAAGGAUCGGCACAGACUCGUGCAAGGGCGACUCGGGAGGACCGCUCGUGUGUUACCACGACGACCACUGGACGCAGGUAGGCGUGGUUUCGUUCGGGAUGGAGUGCGGAGACCCCACGUUUCCUGGCGUCUACACGCGUGUGAACCAUUACUACGACUGGAUACGUGACACCAUCGAUAAUUACUGACCGGAAGCAGAUCGUUGAUACAAGAGAUGCCGCUGAGAGGUCCUAAAGGGCCGGCGGUUCGCGAGUCUGAAGUUUCCAUGGUAGUCGACCAUGUGUAUAUUUCUUUUACAACAUGAUGUGAAAUACAUCAAGAGAAACAAACAGAUUUUAAUAACUCAGAAAUAAAACUUCAUGAAACUUCAUGAGUUUCAAAAUCUUCACACACGGGGGGUUUCUCUUUGAUCAAACCCGGCAGUUUCAUAAUUAUAAUUAUUAUCAAUAUUGACAUCACACGAUGCAGGACAAUUUGUUCAACCCAGAGCUGGCGCUGCAAAAUUAUUGUAACUGAAGCACGGCUGUUACCACGACACAUGCUCUCAUCGAUGCUUAAAACAUUUGUUUCAUUUACUGAAAUAAAACUCUUAACAUAA